GCUCAAUCCACGGUUCCGACAACUGAGACACCAGAUUGCCAGAAUGGAGGAUAUCCCAAUGGUAAAAAAUGUAUCUGUCUAACAGGAUUCCGCGGAGAAUUCUGCGAGCUUUUCUCAGAUAAUGUCAAACCAGAUGUGGUUAAUGCAAAAGUGAUUGUUGGGAUGGUGGUGGACCAGGUUUAUGAACCAUCAUAUAAUGAUAACAACUCACCAGAGUACAAAGACUUUGUGAAGAACUUUACAGAACAGAUGACUUCAUACUAUGAAAAAAAGGACAUAUUGAACUUCACAGGAGUGAUUGUUACAAAAGUGAGUCCUGCGGAUCCCUUGGUUAGGAGUUUAAGAAGUAACGGAGUGAAUGUAACGCAUGAUAUUGUGCUGUCGGUUCCAAAUAAUGCUGACUUGGCGAAAAACUAUGGAGAGAUUGUUAAGGAAAUCGUGAAGGCGGUUGAAACCCUUAAAGACUGCACUGAAGGUGUCACAGGUUGUCCUGACUUUAAAAUUACCAACACAACUGUUAGCGAACAAGAAAAUCUGGGCAAAGGUAUUUGUGAAGCCACCCUUCCAGACCUAUCUCUUCUUAAGUACUAUGAAUCUCUGGAUGAUGAUAAUGGAAAGGUUUGUGUGUCGAUGUGCAACGAGAAGCACUCCAACCCAAAGAACUGCUUCAGCAACGGCGUAUGCAACGUGUACAGCGGCAUCGGACCCACCUGCUUAUGUGCAAAUAUUAAUCAUACCUGGUACCUCAGAGAUGACUGCAGUUUUCCAAUCGACAAGAUUGGCUUCUACGCUGGUUUACCAACUACUCUCCUAGUUCUCUUACUGAUCUUGGGAGCUCUGUCUUGGUACCUGUACUUCAACAAGCAACGACAGAACCGCAAGAGAGAAGUCCAAGAGACGCUGGUGAAAGAGUGGCUUGAGGAAGACGUGGUCUGGCCUAAUUCUAGAGGUCAUAUCCCUGCACCUUCAGCGACGUACAGUAACCCCUCCUUCAGCGCGGACCCGACCAGCCGCCAGGGCCACUUCCUCAUCCAGACCCCCCAGCGGGGAACCGCUGCAUCCUUUACCGGCGCCUUCAACUCAGGGCAGAACCAACACCAGCUUCAACCGAUAUCAAUAAAUCAGCCGAUCCAGAUCCGUCGGCCCCAGAUAAGGGUGGGGGGGGCCGAACCAGCGGCGGGACCGACCCGCCACCUGGAGAUACCGUACCGGUCCCCUGUGGAACGAGGAAAUGUAUUCAACAAUUGGGACGAAAGGCGUGACGGACACCUGAUGUAUGAUGCAUGAUGUAAGACAUGUUAUUCCAGAAAUGUAAUAAAGACUUG